GCUACGGAAAGCAAGAGCUACCAAAAAGUCAGUCGGUCGGUUCGCGUCAGUCGGCUUCAGACGCUGGAGGUGUAACAUGAGAGACAACAGACUGUGUGUGGUUCUGAUCCAAAGUGGAACGAUUGACUAGUCAAGCAGCAAGAUGGAAUACAAAUAUGAGGCUGGACUUGAAUURCUGUUGGCUCACAUGAAUGUAGAGGACAUCAUCAACGCAGCAGAGACUCUCUAUCAGCUCCAGGAAGAGGAGGAAGAAGAGGACGGAGGCUUGUCCUUUGAUGAAGAAAGUCUCUCCCAGGAGGAGAUGRAUGAGAAUGAGGAGGCGGGGGAAAUGGUGGGCUUGGGGGAAGAGCAGAAGGACAACGCCAAUGGAGUUAGGGGCGUUCGGUACGGGACGGUGACGGACCUCCUGUCAUUUGUGAACCUGCUGUCCAACAUGCAGGCGACGGCCCUGCAGCACCUGCACCAGGAGAUGGGAGUCGUCCUGAACAAGAAAGACAUGGCUGUCAAAAAAGGCCGCUAUCAGAUCAACCUGGACGUACUUCUUUAUUCGUGGAAGUUAACCUACAAGAAUCACGGCUCAAGCCUUGUGCCCAAGGGCUCCUUUGGGAAAGUCCACUUGGCUCAGGACAUCAUGACCAAGAAGAGAAUGGCCUGCAAACUGAUCCCCUUAGAGAACUUUAAGGCGGCGGACGUGGAGUUCCAGGCUUGCUUGCGCCACGAGAAUAUCGCCGAGCUGUACGGCGCCGUGCUCUGGGACCAGAACGUCCACUUGUUCAUGGAAGCCGGUGAAGGCGGAUCUGUCUUGGAGAAGCUGGACAGCUGCGGACCCAUGAGGGAGUUUGAGAUCAUCUGGGUGGCCAAGCAGGUCCUGCGGGGCCUGGAGUACCUGCACUCGCACAACGUCAUCCACCAUGACAUCAAACCCAGCAACAUCGUCCUGAUGUCGGACAAGGCGGUGCUGGUGGACUUCGGCUUGACGGUGCAAAUGACAGAGGAUGUAUAUGUUCCCCGAGACCUGAGAGGAACAGAGAUCCACAAGCAGGCCCCGCCUCUGGAGGACAUAGCGGAGGACUGCAGCGCCGCCAUGCGCUCCUUUCUGCAGCGAGCCCUGGAGAGGAACCCCGCACUGCGGAGCUCGGCGUCCGAGCUGCUGAAGGACGAGGCCGUCAACCCUCCCAGGGAGGAUCAGCCGCGCUGCUGGAGCCUCGACUCGGCCCUGGAAGAGGCUACCUACACGUUGCAGAGGCAACAGAGCCACGACACCACGCAAGAAUCUUCUCUGUACUCUGAAGACUCGGGCCACAUCAGGAGGAAGGGCUCUCUGUACAUUGACCUUGGGGCCUUGUCGGGGUACAGUAAGCUGGUGACAGGACCCCCAUCCUGUGAAUAUGGCUAACAUCUAUCCACAAACCACCUGAAGAGGAGCUAAAGCCAGUGGGUCAUUUGCUUUCAGCCUUUGAAGCUUGGGAACAGCUGCAGGCGACCUGGCUUUAUGAUGCAAUCGAGACGACUGGGAAUCCUUGCAGCUUUUACUGUCUUGGACCUUUUGAAGCUUUGGGACACCAGAGCAGCACUAGAAAGUGAUUGUUGUAGCCUGACUGGACAGAAUGUCCCUCACUGAGGUCUUACAGAGGGUCAUUUUGGGCUGCCAGCAAAAAUCGGGAUUAAAAUGUAGUCAAUUUUUGUUUUUAUUUAAAGGCUGAUGCUAUUUGAAUGGGAUUCUCUUGGGCUCGGGGUCUUGAAACCGUUGCAUUGUUUCCUUUUUGGCACCAGUUUUUAGUGAUGGUGUCUACUUAUCCAUCUUUUGCAUUUAUGGUUUGGUUUGGUUACAAUUUUAGAAAAAAGUAUUGAUGAAAAUUUGAAACAGAAAUGUAUUUUUUAAAUUCUAAAUCACUCAGUUAUAGCUGAUUUUUGGGUAGGUUCUUGUUUAGACUGGCAGGAAUCCACCUUUUUCUAAGUUCCAGAUUUGAUUUACAUGUUGCAGAUGCAGCUGCUAUUUAUUUAUUUAUUUAUUUGCAAGUUUGGACUCUAAAAACGAAUUAUUUGUUGCGAUAAGAUCAUUUUAUCCCUCUCAAGCGAUAGAGGAAACCAAUCUGGGGUUUUUGUGAUGGUCUGCUUGUACCAAAGAGCCUAAAGACACCAUCCUGAGCUGAGGCUGUUGCUGGGGACUCAGCAGUUGUAACUCAUGGGCUUUUGCUAAAUUGCAUAACAAAAAAACAAACAAAAAAAAUCCCAAAGUAUUUAUCUCAUCUUAAAAUAUUAAAAUAACAUCUGGUUCUUUGGAAGCAAAGUAAAAAGAAAUGAGUCGUGGAUCAAGACUUUUACGCAGCAGAUAACCCAGCUGGACAGUGGUUGCAUGGGRUACAGUGUACGUAGCAAAGCAUUACCUAAAUUCUUUUUGUACUUUAUUUCAUUUUGCCCGUUAUUACAGUAAWAAAUGCACAUUUUCCUAAAAACCUGUCAGGUUGAAACCGAAGCAGCUGCAGCUUUGGUAUGCAGAACCUCCAGAUUCUUAUUUUAGCUGUAAGACUUUAAGGCAUCCAUAUCUCAGCUUCAAGGAAACGACUUUGCUGUGAUGCUUGGUGAGUGCAGAUAAGGGUCACCUGCUUAUCAGUGUGCACAUCUAUCUAAAACAACCACAGUUUAAUUAUAUCAAACAUUAGGUAUAAAUGAUCACUUGUUAGAAUGACUUUUUGACUUGUGUAGAUGGUUUCAGUUUUACAGUCAAGUUCAAUUAAUGUUAGGCAUGUAAAAAGAUCUAAACCAUGCAGAGCAACAACGCAACAGCUCUCAUAUCAAUGGUAUUCAGCCGACGUGAAGCAAAACCCUCCCCGAACAAAAAAAGAUGAUUUCGUCUCUUUAAAAGGAAAGCUGUCCGUCUCGGUGUGUGCGCCUUACACGGGCACGUAAUGAAACUUUUUGUAGUUCUUUGUGGACUUCCUCUUUCGUCGAUUCCUGUGGAAUAUUUAUAGCAGCACUGUUGUAUGCAAGUGGAAACUUCUGGAGAAUGCACGUGCAAUUUUAUGUAUUGUGUACAUCUUGUUCGAUGAAGCUCGCUCUGACUAUUUUCUGUUAUUUUUUGCACUCAAACAACAAGAAGAAGAAAAUCUCCAUUUACUUCUGUUUUCKUUGGAAUUCAGCAUAAAAUUCACCCCGAAUUUCAAAUGUCAGGGCAUUGUUCUGUAAAUACAAUAAAAAUACCAAAACGG